AUGGCUGACACCAAAGACGUCUCUCAGGAGAUCGUAGCUGGCUCUGCGGCAGCAGUUAGCGAUUCAGAAAGUAACCCACCUGCCGAAGUUGUUUCUUCCAAGAAACAGUCAUGGAGUGACUUGUUUACCAUUGCUUGUGCCGGGUUUGCUCUGAUCAGCGAUGGCUACCAGAACAACCUUAUGACGAUGACGAACGUUGUUCUCAAGGCCGAAUACCCGAAGCAAUACACCUCGUCUGUCAGCACGCGGGUUUCCAACGCUCUUCUUAUCGGCGAGAUCAUCGGCCAAGUCACGAUUGGUCUUACUUGUGAUUAUCUCGGCCGCAAAUUCGCCAUCAUUCUCACCACUACCUUGAUUGUUCUCGGAUCCAUUCUCGCAACGGCUUCCAGCGGAGUUACCAUCGACGGCAUGUUCUGGAUGAUGACUGUUGCAAGGGGCAUCAUAGGCUUUGGUGCUGGAGGUGAAUAUCCCGCAUCAUCGACGUCCGCCUCCGAGGCAGCCAACGAACAUUCUCUCAAGAACCGCGGACCUAUCUUCAUUCUCGUCACCAACCUGCCGCUAUCCUUUGGUGGACCGCUGGCUGUCAGCAUCUUCCUCAUCGUUUUCUCCGCCGCCGCGGGGCCCCAGCACCUUUCAACAAUCUGGCGUGUUUGCUUCGGUAUCGGUUGCGCAUUGCCUCUGACAGUCUUCUACUUUCGACUGAAGAUGUUGAACUCGAAGCUGUACCGCCGCGGCGCUAUUAAACGUCGUGUACCAUACCGAUUGGUUGUUCGGUACUACUGGAAGCGUCUAUUCGGUACUGCUGGAGCCUGGUUCCUGUACGACUUCGUCACCUUCCCCAAUGGUGUCUUUUCUGGCGUGAUCAUCUCGUCUGUGGUCAAAGAUUCUAGCAUCAAGUCAACGGCGGAAUACCAGCUCUUACUCGGCGCCAUUGCCCUCCCUGGCGUCUUGCUGGGCGCUUAUCUAUGCGAUAAGAUUGGCCGCAAGAAUGUUAUGAUGCUUGGCUUUUCUGGUUACCUCGUAUUUGGCUUGAUCAUUGGCGCAGCUUAUGAUCAGAUCACCAAGAUUCUGCCGCUUUUCGUUGUCUUCUACGGUCUUAUGCAGAGCUCUGGCAAUAUGGGUCCAGGAGACAUGCUUGGACUGUUGUCAUCGGAGUCUUACGCAACCGCUGUUCGUGGCACUUGCUACGGCUUCUCAGCUGCGGUUGGAAAGGCUGGUGCCGCGAUCGGAACUCAGGCCUUCACGCCGAUUCAGGCUAAUCUUGGGAAGAGAUGGACAUUUAUCAUCGCCGCCAUCUGCGGUGUUGUCGGUAUCCUCGUUACAUACUUUUUUGUACCGAACCUGAAGGGUGAUGAUCUUUCGCACGAGGAUGAGAAGUUCAGGGCCUAUCUGCUAAGUCAGGGCUGGGAUGGAGAGAUGGGAGAAGAUGAUUUGGCAGCUGCGGCCCAUGACGCAGCCCCAGGUGCUAUGUCUCAAGAUCCUCAUGAGAAAUGA